AUGGCAGCAGUUUCUACGCACACCCAUCCGACCAUCAGCCACUCCAACACGUCGUCUCCUCCGAUUCCUGCCAGCGCAGCUUUCUCAGACACACGCCCCGUGUCCGCAAAACCGUCAGCAAUGGCUCCAAGCGGCAUGAGCAAAAAGGCCAAGGGAAAGAAACCGGCCGAUCCUACCGAGACGUCAAAGUUGUUGGCUGCCAAAAUCUCACAGCUCGAACAAGAUGCCGCUGGAGAAAAGGACCAAGAGGCCGAGAUCGAACGUGAGGUCAAGAAGGCCACCCGAGACCUCAACCAGCUUUUGAAUACUAUCGAAUCCCCGAUGACGCGCCUCGAGACGGUACACAAGAAGUAUACCGAACUUCUGGCCGACAUGAAGAAACUGGACCGGGACUACGCCAAGAGCAAGAAGCGGGCCGACCAGCUGCAGAAGGAUCAGGACAAGGGCAAGUCGGAGCUGAACAAGACGGCGACCAUGAAGGACAAGUUGGAGAAACUCUGUCGAGAACUGACAAAAGAAAACAAAAAAGUAAAAGAUGAAAAUAAGAGACUCGAGGACACGGAACGAAGAGCUCGCGGGAUCGUGAACGAACGACUUGACUCCCUACUGUUCGAUAUCCAAGAUGUCAUGGCACAAAAGGGCAACCCCAGGGUGGAAAAGAUGGAUAUCGACCUGGACGAGGCACUUCGUGCAAAGAUAAAGACAAUCGGCGAAAAAUUCGAACUCCGCGAGCAACAUUACAAAGCGCUCCUUCGAAGUAAAGAUGCCGAGAUCCAAAGUUUGACCGCAAAAUAUGAAGAGCAACGUCGAGGAACUGAAACCGAAGCCGCGCGAUGCCGUGCUCUAAGUUCGCAGGUGUCGACGUUUUCGCAUACCGAGGCCGAACUACGGAGCCAGCUUAACAUUUACGUUGAAAAGUUUAAACAAGUCGAAGACACGCUCAACAACAGCAACGAACUCUUUAUGACUUUCCGAAAGGAAAUGGAGGAAAUGUCCAAGAAAACAAAACGGCUUGAAAAGGAGAACCUAACUCUCACCCGCAAGCACGACCAGACGAAUCGGAAUAUCCUUGAGAUGGCCGAAGAACGUACCCGGAAUAAUGAGGAACUAGAAAAGUGGCGCAAGAAGAGCAAUAACUUGGAGGCACUUUGUCGGCGAAUGCAACAACAAGGUCGAGGUCAAGCACUAGCAGGGGAGCUGGAUGUAGACGACGAAGGGACGGAAAGCGAGUACGAUGAUGAAUACGAAGACGAAGAUGAAGAGGACCUGAGCGAGGAUGGAGACUAUGUCGACGGCGACGAUCAUCAACAUAUGGCUGGACCCAAAACGACGGAGAAGCCAGUCUUUGGCCCGCCGCCACCACCAACGUUGGCCGAAGCGAGAUCUAAUGGCAAUCGUGGCAUUGUCAAUGGGUACAAGCACUGA